AUGCCUGUCCUGGGGAGAGAACCAUCCAGAGACACCAAUAACCAAACAGUCCUGCCCAAAGUGCCUGUACCGGACCUGAAGCAGACCCUGACCACCUACCUGAAGUGUGUUAAACACCUCAUCUCCGGUUCCCAGUUCCAAAGAACCAAAGCCAUCGUGGAGACGUUUGGUAAAGCAGGUGGAACAGGAGAGACGCUCCAGAAGAAGCUACUGGAACGAAGAGACAAGACAGAAAACUGGGUUUAUGACUACUGGCUGGACGACAUGUACCUGAACAACAGACUGGCACUUCCAGUCAACUCCAGUCCUGUACUGGUGUUCCCAAAACAGGACUUUAGGGACCGGGAGGACUCCCUCAGAUAUGCAGCUCAUCUCAUCUGUGGUGUAAUGGAAUAUAAAGCCAUCCUGGAUGGGAGAACGUUGCCGCAGGAUUACGCUCGCGGUCAGCAGCCUGGAACUGAACUCUGUAUGGAACAAUAUUACCGCCUCUUUAUGUCCUACAGGAGACCCGGACUCAAAAAAGACUCGCUGAUCUCUCACGGUGACACGUGUGCCAGCAAAACUCACGACCCCGGACACAUUAUAGUGGCCUGUAAGAACCAGUUCUUCAUGUUCAAUCUGACGGAGAAAUCACAGAAGCUAAAUGAGAGCGAUUUGCUAACCCAGCUCACGAGGAUUAGAAAAAUGGCAGAAUCGGAGGAAAAGACGCCACCUAUCGGCCUCCUGACCUCGGACGGGCGGACCGAGUGGGCACAAGCAAGAGAGGCACUCCUUAGAGAGCCGGUGAACCGAGAGUCUCUGGAGCUGAUUGAAAGCUGCGUAUGUGUGGUGUGUCUGGAUGAACCCGUCAAAGUUCAGCCCACCGACUCCAACCGAGCGCUGUUCAUGCUGCACGGCGGCGGUCACGAGAACAACGGAGCCAACCGCUGGUACGACAAGUCCAUGCAGUUUGUGGUGGGUGCGGAAGGUGUGUGUGGGGUGGUGUGUGAACACUCGGCGUUCGAGGGAAUCGUGCUGGUCCAGUGUACAGAGUACAUCCUGAAAUACAUGACUAGAAGUCCAAGCAAGACGAUUAGGAUCUCCAGUAGAAGUGACCUCCCAGUUCCACGCAGACUCUCCUGGAAAUGUUCUGCUCAGAUUCCGAGCAUGCUGGCCUCCUCCGCUCACAAUCUGCAGAGGCUUGUGAACAACCUGGACAUGGAGGUUUUCACCUUUAAAGAUUACGGCAAAGAGUUCAUCAAGAAGCAGAAGAUGAGUCCUGAUGCUUACAUCCAGGUGGCGCUACAGCUGGCCUUCUACAGAUGCACCAGAAGAUCGGUCUUUACCUACGAGAGCGCCUCCACCCGCCGCUUCGGUCACGGCCGCGUGGACAACAUCCGCUCGUCCACCGCAGAGGCGCUGCACUUCUCCAAAGCCAUGACGGACGAGGAAGCCCACGCUCAGGACUCCGAGAAGAUGGAAAGGUUUAGAAAAGCCAUAGACGCCCAGACAAACUACACCAAGAUGGCCCUUUCUGGACUGGGAAUUGACAAUCACCUACUCGGACUUCGAGAAGUUGGCAAGGAGCUGAAGAUCGAAACACCGGAGAUAUUUAAAGAUGAGACUUAUCACCUCAGCAACCAGUUCAUCCUCUCAACCAGCCAGGUUCCCACCACUGUGGAUAUGUUCUGCUGUUACGGCCCGGUGGUUCCAAACGGAUACGGGGUGUGUUACAAUCCUCAGUCAGCGCACAUCCUGUUCUGCGUGUCCAGUUUUCGGGCGUGUGUAUCCACAUCGUCCCUGGUUCUAGCAAAGAGUCUGGAUAAAGCGCUCAUGGACAUGAGGGAUCUGUGUAAUAAGUACAGCACUGUCGGUCCGAAAGAAGGCGGAGCCAAGUCUGUCACGCCUAGGAUGUAAGUCAUACUGUAUGUAAGAUAGGCUAACAUGCUGAUAAGUGAUACUUUAGGAGGCGUCUCCAGUGGUAUUGAUUUGAAGAAUGGGAUGCAUGCUUGCUGCUUUUGGCUGGGUUGUAUUGCUUGGUCCAGUAAU